CCUUUUCGUUAUUCAAAUUCAAACCCAAGGGCAAUAACGUCUUUUAAUUCCCUUUCAGUUAACCUCCUCUUUUAGGCUCCGUUUCUCAACGGAAUGACCGCCCGACGAAUCUGAACUCUGAGAGGUGAGAAGAUCAUCAACUCCCAAAUCGCGAUGGGAGAUUCGGACGUGGCGUACACGGAUAUAAUACUGAACACGGCGAAGGAAGCAGUGGUGAGAGUAAUGGUGUCGGAGAAAAGAGCGGCGUUGUUUCAGCACCAACUGAAUUGUUCCAAGGAGGAGUCGCUUCGUUUGCUUCUUCGCUUGAAACACAUGAUCGACGCCAAGACAUUUGAAGCAGAGACAACAUCCUUUAAUCAGAAGAGAAAGAUCGAUGAGCUUGAAGCACAGCUCCAUGAAGCAGAGGAUAUCAUAACAGAUCUUAGAGUGGAAUUAUAUUGUCUACGGGAUAAGCUGGAGAGAGCCAAGAACACUAGGGUGCAGCCAUUAAGUUGGCAAAUCACCAGUGAAGAUGCAUAUUCUCUAAAAGAUCCAACAACUGAGCGCACUGUACAAUCUCCUUUAAAUUCAGGAUAUAUGACUGUCACAGAAUCUGACAUGAGGAACAAUGGAUUGAAUCAGGGAUAUCCUGGUAAUAGAUGCUGCAAUGCUGCAAAGCAAAUCGAUCAACCUAAAUUUUAUAAUGUUGAGACUUAUUGUCCUCGUAACUUUGACUUGGCCACUGUACUUAUGACAAGCAAGAAGCCAAGUUGUAUAGAAAUGGUUAUACAUGUAACGUCCCCAAUCCCACAUUGAAAGAAUGUGUGAAUACGAUAUGAUGUAUAAGUUGAGAUUUAAUCCCAAACUUAUGAGGCGUUUUUUGUGGGACAAAACCGUGAGACUUCGAGUUAAAAGCGGACAAUAUUUCAUAGGUUAGACGUGGGUCUCCACAAAUAAUAUUAAAGUGAUCACCAGUCGGUGAAAACUAUGUGUUACAUGGUGGGGAGCCACCUCUAGAAUCUUAACGUCUAGUGUGAUUUUAGCCUUGUGGUUAGGACGUCAGGGGUGGGAAGAUUGUAACACCCUCAAUUCAACAUUAAAAGAAUGUAUAGAUAUGAUAUAAUAUAUAAGUUGAGAUCUAAACCUAAACCUAUGAGGCUUCUAAUGUUUGGUGUGAUCUUGGUUUUAUGGUUAAAUUCGGUUUAACAAGGACGUCAAGCUUCACUCUCAAUCCAACA